CUCCCGGCGGUGCUGGCGGACGGCGGCCGGGCGCCCCGGCUCCGACUCGCGCUGUCCCGGAGCCCCACCCCACUCUCCUGCCUCGCCAGCGUUGGUCACCGCCUUAGGGACACUUUGAUUCGAGCUGGGCAGCGCCCGAGGACCGAGGAAGCUUCGCAGGACAAGAUAGAAGAACAAUGGGAACUAUGCUCUUUGGGUUGAUGCUUUUCACCCUUGGGUGGACCCUCAUCGAUGGAUCUGAAAUGGAACAGGAUUUUAUGUGGCACGUGAGAAAAAUACCCCGGCUUGUCAGUGAAAGGACCUUCCAUCUCACCAGCCCCGCCUUUGAGGCAGAUGCUAAGAUGGUGUUAAAUCGAGUGUGUGGCAUCGAAUGCCAGAAAGAUCUCCCAGCCCCCAGUCUUUCUGACCUGGAAGACUCGCUCUCCUACGAGACUGUCUUUGAGAAUGGGAGCCGAACCUUGACCAGGGUGAAAGUUCAAGGUUGGGUCCCUGAGCCAACUCAAAACCUCACCUCACAAGGAGCACCCGUGAGAAGAAAGAGACAGGUGUACGGCACCGACAGCAGGUUCAGCAUCUUGGACAAGAAAUUCUUGACCAAUUUCCCUUUCAAUACGGCCGUGAAGCUCUCCACAGGCUGCAGUGGCAUUCUCAUCUCUCCCAACCAUGUCCUAACCGCUGCCCACUGUGUCCACGAUGGAACCGACUACAUCAAAGGCAGCAAAAAGCUAAGAGUAGGCUUGCUGAAGAUGAGAAAUAAAGGUGGUGGCAAGAAACGUCGGGGGUCUAGGAGGAACAGGAGGGAAGUGAGUGGUGCUGGAAGAGAGGGGAGCCAAGACAGUCUGAAGGAGACAGCCAAGGCUGGAAGGAGGAGAAAGGGAUCUGCUCGGGGUCAGAGAGCUGCUGAUGGGAGGCCCUCCUUCCAGUGGACCCGGGUCAAGAACACCCACAUCCCCAAGGGCUGGGCGAGAGGAAAGAGCGGAGACCCAGCCCUGGACUAUGACUACGCCCUUCUGGAGCUGAAGCGCCCUCACAAGAAGAAAUACAUGGAGCUGGGAGUCAGCCCCACCAUCAAGAAGCUGCCUGGUGGGAUGAUCCACUUCUCAGGCUUUGAUCAGGACAGGGCAGAUCAGUUAGUCUACCGGUUUUGCAGCGUGUCUGAUGAGUCCAAUGACCUCCUCUAUCAAUACUGCGAUGCCGAAUCAGGCUCCACUGGCUCCGGGGUGUAUCUGCGUCUGAAAGAGCCAGACAAAAAGAGGUGGAAACGCAAAAUCAUCGCAAUCUAUUCCGGCCACCAGUGGGUGGACGUGCACGGUGUUCAGAAGGACUACAACGUGGCCGUGCGCAUCACGCCCCUCAAGUAUGCCCAGAUCUGCCUCUGGAUGCAUGGGGAUGAUGCCAGUUGUACCCACGGCUAACAGAUAUCUGAAAUGAGGUCGUCGAUGAUCCGGACAUGGCAGAGAAAAGCAGUUUUGAUUUAUUGUAGCAAAGAUCACUUCAUAGGUUUUGCCUGGACUUGAACCCUAUCAGUAGCAUUUCAGUAUUUUUAAUGUUUCCUUUUUCAAAAUUAGGAGCUAUUCAUACAUUUUUAAAAAAUGUGUAGGUAUACAUCUUGAAACUAGAUGGGUACUUUAAUGCCAAGUGUAUAUUCUUCUUUACAUGGUGAUAAGUUUCAUUUGUGGGAUAGGUUUUGUUUCUUUCUGCCUUUCUAAAGAUUGGACACUUUAAAAUUUCAAGCAUAAAUAUUAUGUGAUUCCUCAAUGGACUAACUCUCAGGGUCCUACUCUAAAAAGAGGCUUAUAGGGUGCUGGUUGCAUAUUAAAUGUGAAACUGCAUAUACAGAAGUGGACAAUCACAUGGCUACAAUCAAAUUUGAGGCAGUAAUUUACAGCACACUCUGUACUACUCUGAGAUAGACCCAUUCAGCCUAUGCUAUCCCUCUUUGUUUAUAUUGCGUUUUCCGUUGGGUCUAAGAAACUUUUAGGUUUGUUUUAAGAAUUACAAGGAACAGAAAAAUUUAUAAAUAAAACUAUUAACUAUUUUACUGCCUUAAAAAUACCAACUGAAGUGUUCUUAUUUAUGGGAGAAAUACUUUGUUCUAUGAAAUAAAUUUAGUUUAAAAAUAGGGAAGUUGAAACAUUUUAAGAUCUCAAGUUUUUAACUCGUAUUAAAAAUAUGGACUUUUCAGGUAUGCAUAGGGAAGACUGUUGAAAAGUUAUAAACCAUCAGGUAUUGAAAGCCUGCGUCAUUUUAUGCCACACAAUCUCCUAUGAAUGAGGUGUUACAGUUUUGGACAAGGAAAUCUACGUCUUUUUCAAGGAAAAGCCCUUUCAUCCCCUUGACGAAGUUAUUUUCUUAAUAGGGCCAUAGACAUAUUAUUGGUGACUUCUCUGAUUAGGGGAUUUUUAUAUGUGUCCUUUUAACAAGAUGAGUAUAAUUUAUGAAUAUAAUUUUCUUUUAAAAUUCUGAUUGUUUUUACCAGGGACCAAGGCUAUAUCCUCACUUGGGCCAUCAUGGCAGUCUCAGAAGACAAGAGUCCAGUGACCGCCCUGGGGCAAAACUCAGAGUAGGCCCUGAAUACUGUCUCUUCGAUGAACAGAUAUUUGCAGAAUGACUUGUGAGAUGCUGUGCUAUGCUCAGUUGCUUAGCCAUGUCCAGCUCUUGGCAACCCCAUGGACUGUAGCCACCAGGCUCCUCUGUCCAUGGAAUUUUCCCAGCAUGAAUACUGCAGUGGGUUGCCAUUUCCUCCUCCAGGGGAUCUUCCGGACACAUAAGUGGGUUAGUUUAGGCCACUGUGUUUAAAGGGUUUUCGUGAUCUGUAACUGAGUGCACUAUAAAACUUAGGAGCUGUAGCCCUGAUUUCUGGGCUGUUCUUCCUGGCAGUUUCAAGGAUACAUACACUUCUUCUGGAACAAACCCAAGUCAUUGAUUCUGCCUGAGUUCAAAGUUAUUUUACUUGUUAUUAUUUUCCGUAAUAAGAAGUUAUACCCUUGUCUAGUAUGCAAAGGGAAUAAAUGACUAGAUUAUUAGAAAAAGUGAUUUUGUAAAUGGUGUUGAAAAUAGCUGAAAUUUCAUACAAGUUAUAUUGUUUUAUAACAUGAAUCUGUUAGAAAUCAUUCAAUAAAAAAUAAAUCAACUGUAACUCUUA